UAUAUAUAUAUAGGAUAGCUGGACGAGCCCCCUAGAGCCCAAUGUGUGGUGGCGGCGGCGGCCAACAGAUGGCAGUAGCGCGGCGGCUGCCAUCCUCGACUCUAGCGUGGCAAACAUUCGCAGGAAGCGCAAGAUGAGCAGUUCGGAAGAAGUAUCUUGGAUUGCUUGGUUUUGUGGCCUGAGAGGCAAUGAAUUCUUCUGCGAGGUGGAUGAGGACUACAUUCAAGAUAAGUUUAACCUAACCGGUCUGAAUGAGCAGGUGCCUCAUUAUCGGCAGGCACUCGAUAUGAUUCUUGACCUCGAGCCAGAUGAAGAGGAAGAGAUUCCCCACCAGAGUGACCUUAUAGAGCAAGCAGCAGAGAUGUUGUAUGGUCUUAUCCAUGCUCGUUAUAUCCUUACAAAUAGAGGCAUUGCACAAAUGAUUGAGAAGUAUCAGGCUGGUGACUUUGGCCAUUGCCCAAGAGUUUACUGUGAAAAUCAGCCCAUGCUGCCUAUUGGAUUGAGUGAUGUUCCUGGUGAGGCCAUGGUGAAGCUGUAUUGUCCAAAGUGCUGUGAUGUAUACACUCCAAAAUCUUCACGUCAUCAUCACAUCGACGGAGCAUACUUUGGUACAGGAUUUCCACACAUGCUUUUUAUGGUCCAUCCAGAGUACAGGCCAAAGAGGCCUGCUAACCAGUUUGUACCACGGCUAUACGGUUUCAAGAUCCACCCUAUGGCGUAUCAGAUUCAACAACAAGCGGCAGCCAAUUUUAAAGCCCCUAUGAGAGCUAUCAAUUAUAAUAAUGGAAAACGCUAGAAAUUUAUAAAUAUUCUUAUUGUAUCCAAUAUUAGAACUAAACUUGGUUACACUCCUUAACUUAUUUUGUGGUGAUUUUUUUAUUUUUUUUAUUUUUACAUUAAGUAGACUUUUCAAAGUAUGCUGUUUAAGUUCAUUUGGGCAAAUGUGCAUUAGUUAACCAAGUGAUUAUAUUUGUGUUUUGUGUAUUCUCAACAAAUGGUGCAAACAGAGCUGUGCCAAGAUGAAAAUUGAUUGAUUCCUAAUAGAAAUGAUUAGUUGAAAGUUUGAAAGAUUUUGUAGCUCAAGUUUAAGCGACUAAUGUGACUGUCGAGCUAACUGGGAGGUCGCUGCAUGGCAAGUCUACUGCACACAUUCCGGAAGAGUCCAUUACCUCACCCCUUAGUUACCUCUGGAGCCAUGGAGCGUUCUCCCCCCCCAUCGAUAACUUGGGAUAUCACUUUACAACAUGCAUGAUAUUCACCAAGAAAUAUGUAAGUUUGGUUUUCAACUUUUAAGGUAACUACUUCUAAUAAAAUGUAAAUACAUAUUCCAUUGUACAGUUUCAGUAUUAAAUCCCCAACUUUUAAUGCACUCAAGAGUCUGGCAUUUACAGGAAUACUGUACAAGAAAGAGAAAUACUACCAGGAAAGUGGCAGGUAUGUCAUGGCCACAUUUUCUUAUUUAAAUACUUGAUAUGGAUGGUGAAUGACCUAACUGGUUCCAGUGCAUAAUCUUGGCCUAAACUGUAACAUACUUUUGUUUACAAAUGUAUGAAUAUUAUGAAUGAAUUGUUGGUUCAUAUCUGGCAUCCUAAGAGAAUAGCAUCAUUUGACAAUUUGCUGUGCAAUUUAUGUAAACAGUUGUGUAAUAAAGGAUAAGGUAGGAGAAAAUGCUAUACCUGUGCAUACGAGUGUCUCGCAAGGCCGUCCCGAGCCUUAUUUUCUGAAAAGCAAAGGGUCUUUACUAAGUUGUGAUGACCACUGUAAAUUUAUAUUACAUAUAUAAAUAUACUGUAUUGGUAUGCCUUAAUUGGUGGUAAAAUAAGGUAACUAGAAUAAAAAGUGCAAGAGUUGUGAAACUUUUGUUUUUGUUUUUUCUAGCAUUGGCUACAAAGUAACUUAUGAAAUGCUUAGUACAGUAAAAUAUAUACUGGUAGUUACGAAAGUUUUUUCUACUGGCAAGACUGCCAACAAUAUGUACAUCAUCAUCUUAAUACCAUAAGUGUAGCUUAAAUAACAAUUAUGCAUAGUUGAUUAUUGUAAUUAAAAAAAAUAACUCUGGCAAGAUAUGUAUUUUAUAUCUUAGAGUUUGGUGUCUCCCCUCUGUUUAGGGGUGCAUUCUUUUUGCCCAUUGGAGUUGCUGUACUAUGUUUUUCUCACUAAGUAUAUUAACAAUUAUUGCACAUAACACAUACUCACCAGCAGACACCUGGUUAAAGUUUGUGAAAUAAGUUCUUAUGGUUCCUGCUGAUAAGUCAAGAACCCCUUGUAAGUUGCGAGUCGUUAUCUUGACGUAAUACAGCUUUGAUAUGCAGUAUUAAACUUGUUAUGCUUUAGGACUUAAAUUUUGUGACUUUGGGAAAUUCACGUCAUUGUCUAUUUCUGGUCUUCCCACAUGUCCGUUAUUCAAUUUAAUAUACACAGAUUUUAUGCGAA